AUGGCCAGGAUCCUGAUGAGGGUGCGAAAGUACGAUCACGUCACCUCCAUCCUCAAAUCACUGUCCAACUCCGGAUUGAAUACAAAGUUUCCCUCCUCACCCACCACAACCACAGAGGCAGCAACUGAUGUCCCAACUGUUGCAACAACUGAAACAACCACAGAGACAACAACCGAGGAGACAACUGAAGCAACAACUGAGGAAACACCUGGGGCAACCACAGAGACAACAAAUGAUGUCAAAACUGAGGCCACAACUAUAGCAACCACAAAGGCAACAACUGAUGUUACAACUGUUGCAACAACUGAAGCAAAAACAGAGGCAACAACUGUUGCAACCACAGAGGCAACAAUUGAUAUCACAACUGUUGCAACAACUGUUGCAAACACAGAGGCAACAACUGAUAUCACAACUGAGGCCACGACUGUAGAAGCCACAGAGGCAACAACUGAUGUCACAAUUGUUGCAACAACUGAAGCAACCACAGAGGCAGCAACUGAUGUCACAACUGUUGCAUCAACCGUAGCAACCACAGAGGCAACAACUGAUGUCACAACUGUUGCAACAACUGAAGCAACCACUGAGGCAACAACUGAUGUCACAACUGAGGUAACAACUGAAGCAACAAGAGAGGCAACAACUUAUGCCACAACUGUUGCAACAUCUGAAGCAACCACAGAGGCAACAACUGAUGUCACAACUGAGGCAACAACUGAAGCAACAACUGAGGAGACAACUGAGGCAACAUCUGAGGCAACAACUGAAGAAACAACUCAGGCAACAACUAAAGCAAAUACUGAAGCAACAACUGACGCAACAACGGAAGCAACAACUGAUGUAACAACUGAGGCAACAACUGAAGCAACAACUGAAGCAACUCAGGCAACAACUGAAGCAACAACAAAAGCAACAACUGAGGCAGCAUCUGAUGCAACAACUGAGGCAACAACUGAUGUCACAACUGUUGCAACAACUGAAGCAACAUCUGAGGCAACAACUGAUGUCACAACUGUUGCUACAACUGAAGCAACCAUAGAGGCAACAACUGAGGUCACAGCUGUUGCAACAACUGAAGCAAGCACUGUGGCCACAACUGAGGCAACAUCUGAGGCAACAACUGAAGAAACAACUCAGGCAACAACUGAAGCAAAUACUGAGGCAACAACUGAAGCAAGCACUGUGGCCACAACUGAGGCAACAUCUGAGGCAACAUCUAAGGCAUCAACUGAUGUAACAACUGAAGCAAUUACUGAUGUCACACCCGAAGCAACAUCUGAGGCAACAACUGAUGUCACAACUGUUGCUACAACUGAAGCAACCACAGAGGCAACAACUGAGGUCACAGCUGUUGCAACAACUGAAGCAAGCACUGUGGCCACAACUGAGGCAACAUCUGAGGCAACAACUGAAGAAACAACUCAGGCAACAACUGAAGCAAAUACUGAGGCAACAACUGAGGCAACAACUAAGGCAACAACUGAAGCAACAACUGAGGGGACAACUGAGGCGACAACUGAAGCAACAACUGAGGAAACAACUGAUGUAACAAUUGAAGAAACCACUGAGGCAUCAACUGAGGCAAUAAGUGAGGCAACAACUGAAGCAACAAGUGAGGCAACAACUGAUGUAACAACUGAAGCAACAACUGAAGCAACAACUGAGGCAACAACUGAAGCAACAUCUGAGGCAACAACUCAGGCAACAACUGAAGCAACAACAAAAGCAAUAACUGAGGCCGCAUCUGAUGCAACAACUGAGGCAACAACUGAUGUCACAACUGUUGCAACAACUGAAGCAACCACAGAGGCAACAACUGAUGUCAAAAUUGUUGCAACAACUGAAGCAACCACAGAGGCAGCAACUGAUGUCACAACUGUUGCAACAACUGAAGAAACAACUCAGGCAACCACUGAAGCAACAAGUGAGGCAACAACUGAUGUAACAACUGAAGCAACAACUGUAGCAACAACUGAGGUGACAACUGAGGCGACAACUGAAGCAACAACUGAGGAAACAACUGAUGUAACAAUUGAAGAAACCACUGAGGCAUCAACUGAGGCAACAAGUGAGGAAACAACUGAAGCAACAAGUGAGGCAACAACUGAUGUCACAACUGAAGCAACAACUGAAGCAACAACUGAUGUAACAACUGAGGCAACAACUCAGGCAACAACUGAAGCAACAACAAAAGCAACAACUGAGGCAGCAUCUGAUGCAACAACUGAGGCAACAACUGAUGUCACAACUGUUGCUACAACUGAAGCAACCACAGAGGCAACAACUGAGGUCACAGCUGUUGCAACAACUGAAGCAAACACUGUGGCCACAACUGAGGCAACAUCUGAGGCAACAACUGAAGAAACAACUCAGGCAACAACUGAAGCAAAUACUGAGGCAACAACUGAAGCAAGUACUGUGGCCACAACUGAGGCAACAUCUGAGGCAACAACUGAAGAAACAACUCAGGCAACAACUGAAGCAAAUACUGAGGCAACAACUGAUGUAACAUCUGAAGCAACAAAGGGAGCACCAACUGAGACAACAACUGAUGCAACAACUGAUGUAACAACUGAAGAAACACCUGAAGCAACCACUAAGGCAACUGAAGCAACAACUGGUGUAACAACUAAAGCAACACCUAAAUCAACAAGUGGACCAACAAUGGAUGUCACUGAUGGAACAACAACUGAGGCCACAAGCAGACCAACAGCUGAUGCCACAAUUGAAACAACAAUGGAUGUCGCUGCAACAACUGUUGCCACAACUGAAGCCACAGGUGGCCUAACAGCAGAGGCCACGAGUGGACCAACAAGUGAUGCCACAAGUGGAUCAACAGCUGAGACCUCAAAUAGACCAACAGCUGAGGCAACUAGUAGACCAACAACUGAUGCCACAAGUGGACCAACUGAUGCCACAAGUAGGCCAAUGACUGAUGCAACAAGUAGACCAACAACUGAUGCCACAACCGAUGCCACAGGUGGACCAACAACCAAGGUAACAAGAGAACCAACAACUGAUGCAACAACUGGACAAAAAACUGGUGCAACAAGUAGACCAACAACUGAGGGCACAACCAAGGUUUCAACAGCUGCCACAAACAGACCAACACCUCAUGUCACAACACCUUUAUCCACAACACCAACUACCACCAGAAAGCCCUUAGAUUGCCAGAAUGGAGGAACAGACAAUGGAUUCAACUGCACAUGUCUUGUUGGAUUCACGGGGGGACUAUGUGAAGAAUUUAUUCCUGAUGUCACCCCAGAGGUAGUUAGUAGAGCAGUAGUGGUUAUUAUGGAGGUCAACCAGGAAUUUGACGACAAAUAUAAAGAUAAAACAUCACCGGAGUACCAGGACUUUGUUAGAAACUUCACUGAACAGAUGGAUAAAUAUUACAGAGAUAGGAAGGUACAAAACUUUAAAGAAGUGAAUGUCACUGGUGUAAGUCCAGGCAGUCCACUGACCAGGUUCUCUACCAACACUGUGGAGAAGAUGAGACUCAGGAGGGACACAGCUGUCACAGAGGAGAGGUUGGGAGUUAACGUCACACAUGAUGUGAUCCUGGAGAUCCCAAAUAAAGAGGGCUCUGAUGAAAUCUAUGAGAGCGAUGUGGAGAUCAUUCAGGAGGCUGUCGACAGCAUUAAUAGCUGCAGAGACGACUGUCCAAGUUUCAACCUUACAGGCCUGCCCCCGUCGGUGCAGACAACAAAGCUUGAUCUUACAAAACAAUGUGUGGGUCUUUCAGAGGAUGCAAAUUUCUAUCAGGCAAAGAACAUCAAUGGGAAGAUACUCUGUGUGACGGCCUGCCAUCCUGAACAUGAUAAUUAUAAACGAUGCUUCAAUGGUGGACGGUGCAAAGUAUUCAAAACUGCCGGAGCAAUCUGCGACUGCGCAAAUGUGGAAUCUAACUGGUACCUAAGCGAUGACUGCAGCAUGCCCAUACAGAAGACGGCCUUCAUCGCUGGCCUGAGUGGGAUGCUCCUCAUUCUCAUGGUGCUGGUCGGAGUCCUGGCAGCAUUCACACUGAGGAACAAAAUCUCUCAAAAGAGAAACAGAGACAUGAAAAAGCAGAUGUUGAAUCAGUGGCUGAACGAGGACUUAGAACGGUCCAGAACAAACAGUUGCAGCUCUGAAAUGUACAGGAACCCUAUGUUUACCAGCGAUGAUACUGCCGCAUACAGACAGCAGCCAAACGGUUUAAGACAGCCCUCACCAGCCUACCAAUCAAGCAGACCACCGACACAAAACAGCUACAGACCAUCAGACAGACUCUCCCCAUCACAACCAGCUCACAGACACAUCACUCCAUCUAAUGGGUACGCUCAACCUGCUGGUCUCGGCCGACCACAGAGAAGCCCAACCAACCAAUCAAUGAGGAUCAACAGGCCUCAGAUCAGGACAUCCUGAGAUGCCUGAGCAGAGCAAUAAGAAACUAGGUCUUAGAAAAUGAACUGAAAACACAGCAGCAAAGAGGUUUUUAGCCCCUGGAGGAAAUGAAAGAAGCCAAGAAGAAAGUUCAAAACUGGCUAAACACGAUAUAUAUAAGGUGCUCUUCGACCAAAAGUACCCAGAACUUUUAGUCCCAGGAACUUAUCUUCAAGGAACUGAAUGGUACCUGUGGUUCCAAAAGGGGCAUUGGACAAAUCAGGCAUCCUGACACAGCCAAGCUUUAGAGAGACAAAGAUUAUACCUUUUAUAAUUUUUAUUUCAAUGUUCUGUUAUGAAGAGUCUGGAUUGAGGACAAACAGACUCUAUAAUCCUUUAUAUACAUUUCUGUGCAGAAUUUUAAGGCAAUUUUGUGCCAAAUUAAGAAAUGUUCAGGACUGC